CCAUUCAUCAUCCAAUAUAAAUGGAGUGGUUCGGGUGGAGACAAUGGACACACCAAAAAUUCAUUCUUCUUCCUACUAAACUUCCAAGUAUGCUUUAGGUAUUUAAACCUGAAACCUAAAGUGGUGAUAGUUUUAUCCUACGAAGAAAUUUUCUGUAACCCUAGGCUUGUUGAGGGUGGAAAUAUUCUUUACGAAAAGUGAACGUAGUUCACGACUCUAUCAUAAUCCUGGUCACCCGGUCUCGGACUAUCGUACGUGUACCCUCGUCCCUAAAAUUCCCAACAAUCGUAAAGAAGAUUCUCCGUUACGAUGCCUGUGAAUCACCAUGAGGUAGCCCAAAACGACGUAGCAUAAAAAUCAGAUCGAUUUGUACUCGGAAAUCCUCUCUGCAUCAUCGAGAGACAACGAGGAUGGAGACGAAAUCUCCUCACCCCGAUUUUUUCGCUGUAAUCCAAGAUAGAGCUGAAAAUUUGCAUGUCCCGUUCUUGGCCCUGUCUGAUCCGUCACUACAGGGUCAAGAUGAAUAACUGAUCCGUCUCGUCCCUGUCUACUUCUUGACCCUGUAUGACCUUCAAGGGUUGGGACGGGUCGGGCCGGGCCUGUGCGACGACCCUAAUCAACACACUACUUUUUUACAAAUUACGUUUGGUACCCAAAAUUAUUUUUUUCUUACAAUUUAGUACCUAAAUUAUUAUUUUUACAAGUUAGUACCUAAACUUUUAAAAAUUUACAAAAAGGUCCAAUGUGGUGUGAGAUAUUUGUUGUUGCUAAGGGUCACAUGGUCAAAACGUGACCCGUCGCUAAGUUGUCCCUACUCGUCCUGACCCUUAUAGGAUCAACAAAUGACCCGUCCCUAAUCUGUCCCUGUAGACAAACUGACCUGCCCCGACCCUUAAAGACUAGACGGGACGGGUCGGUGGGUCUUCCGGGUCAACCUUUCACCCCUAAUCCAGGAAGCACAAUCCAAGAGCUAAAUUAAAAUGGUGGAGGAGGGAAUAAUUUAGGGGUCAUGAGAAUUCUUGCUCUUAGAUGGAGAGGGGGGGGAAGGGAUAAAAGAGUAGGUAUUUUAAUGUUAUUAUAUAUUUUAAUAAUAAAAUUUAGUUAUAUCUACGUGGCAAAUCAAAUUAUUGACUUUCAGCCAUGUCAGCAUGUAUUGGUCACGUUAUAGAUUCAUAGUCAACUAACUGUUGACUGAACGGAAAUUUGACGAUUUGACUAUUAAAUUAUUUUUGAAAAAUUUUGACUAUUAUUUUAUUUAAAGGCGAAAGGUUUGACUAUUAUAUUGUAUUUAGUAUUUACCUUUUUUAAUAAUGACCUCUCACUUUAUAAAUCCACAUAAAUUAUGGUCAACCCAUUGAAAAAAGUUACCAAAACAAAGUGUUCGUAUUGGAGCUAGUAGUAGCACCAUACUAACAAAUUGGGCGUUAGCGCCACCUAACCAACCGUAAUAAGCCGUUGGAUAACCUCCGUCGCAACCGUAAUUCAGCCGUUGGAAAAUGAUGAGUAAUUUUAUAUGUACAAUUUUUAUUUCUGCCCAUCAUCAUCAUCUGAUGAAGGAAAACAAUAUAAUGGCCGGCCGGUCAUCCCGGGGAUCACAGAAGUUUCCAGGCUUUCCCUCCGGCCAUGUUGAACUUCUUCAGCCUUCCAAACAACAUCACCAGAAUGAGAACGACCUUGCCUUCAUCGCUCCACCUCCCCGACAAGCCGGUGAACUUGUCCCGGCAAUCCCCACCGCCGCCGGAAGGAUUUAUCCGCCUUUGGCAACUGUAACCCAUCGAAAAUCCCACAUUCCCAUACGCACUGCCACAAUACAACAAACAUAAUUAGCUCUAAUGCGUUGAAAUUAUAUUUUAGUACGUUUUUUUAUUAUUAUCUUGCAUUAUAUAGUACUUAAACUUUUUACAAACAGUUCUGAUGUGUUGGUAUGAAAAUGUUUCAUAUCAAAGAAAUUAUUAUGGGUCAUAGCUCUUUAUAGGGCGCCGCGAAAAGUGACCAGACCCUGAACUGAACCCGUAAAACAAAUUGACACAAUCCGAUCCUUGGAGUCGAGCCGACGGAACCGAGUCAGUGGGUAUCUAUGACUAGACUUACUGUCCCGGUGGCAGAUCCAGGGCUGGGUCAACCCAGGCCUCCUCCUGAUUCAGAAUUAGUUUAGUGCUUAUAAAAUUUUUCGAUUUAGAUAUUUGACCCAGUGCUAUUUAAAAUCCUGUCUAGUUUUAUUAGAUAAUAGGAUUUUGUGUAACUAGGAAAAUGGUUCAGAUGAACAUAUCCAAACCAUUACUCUAAAUUUAUACUAAAUUUUCUAUAGCCCCAAUGAUUUUAUUUGAAAAAAAGACAUGAAAACCUAAAAGUGUAAAGUUUCAUUAAAAUAAAAUAAAAACUCUAAACUAAAGCACACCCUUCCUUGCAAAAUUCAAAAAAUUUCUCAAUCCCCCCAAAACAAACAAGAACGAGGAGACGAGUAGAUUCAAAAUGGAUUUCUCCGACAGCCCGUUGAGCUGGUUUUAUUUCCAUUCUUUUGAUUAAGAAAAUAUUUACAAACUUGUUGAGUUAUCAUUUAGAUCGCCUCUUGAGCGGGGCACUAGAUUCUAACCAUUCUUUCUGGUGUUUUGAUGAAGAAAAUAUUUACAAACUUGCUCAAGAGUUUAACCUCGAGACUUUGAAUGCUAUGAGAUGCAUUCUUUGGAGAAUGCACUACUCACGUGAGGAAGAUGAAGUUUCUUCUCUUGCAAAAUUAUUAGAGAAGCUGGAGGAAACAUGGAUGGACACACAAUACAAAUUGAUUUGUUGGUUGAUUUGUCUAGUGUUGACCUAGCCGUUUCAAUAACUACCAUGGAGAGAAUAUUUUCAGCAAUGGAACAUGAACAUUGAUUUGUGCAACAAAAUGAGCGAUGAAUUUCUCGUUGAUUACUUAGCUAUUUUCUUUGAAAAAGAGUAUAUUAUCAGUAUGGAUGGAGAUUAUAUUAUUGAUGAAUUUGCUAAAUUAAAAGAUCAUCUUAUAU